AUGUCAGCCGAAGAACAGUCGGCGGUAAUUGAAACAUGCGUUUUGUAUGACAUUUUGAACUGGAAAACCGCCGAAAGCUCCUAUGAGACAAUGCGCCAAAUGCUCGGCAACGACAUGAUCUCUUUCGACGAUUAUCAAUCGAUUUUUGUCAAAAAAGUACAAACGAAUUGGGAUGAGACCAUCAAUAGAAUCAAUCUCCGCGACUUUCUGAUGACAAACAAGUUUUCUAUGCGUACGUGCAUUCUCAAUGACGUCAUCAAUGGCGUUUCAAUCGAUCGAUCGUACAGAAAAGUGUUGGAAGUCGUCGGAAAUAUCCGAAUUUCGUAUCCGACUUUCGAUUUCUGGUACUACUGGUUCUACAACGGAAAACGCGAUUUGUUCUACGAUAUCUCCAAGCAUCCACGUCCGACAACUUUCUCUCAACUUCCAGUCGAUACUCUCAAUAAAAUAUUGAAUUACACCGAGUUCAGAGAUCACAUCUGCCUUGAAAAAGUAUCCCGCGGCCUUCGUUCAGUCAUCUCUGAACGUACUCCACUCUACGAAUCAAUCGAGAUGAUAUGCGACGACAAUUGGAUUUCAGUGUCAUUCAACGAUUUGAAUAUCUGCUACCGUAAUACAGCCAUCGUCAGUACUUGUCUCUAUGAACCAUUGCGUGGAGCACUCCGAGAUAUUAUGGUUGCUCUCAGAAAUCCGAAACUUCAUUUGGAAAGUCUCGAGAUUAGUUAUCAUUGGGAGAAGGAUAGAGAGAUGAGAUGGUUUGCUGAGCAGAUCAAAAAUGAAAUAAAAUCGUUGAAUCAUCAGCUUUCAGUCAGAAAAAUAACAUUGAAAGUGUCCAACGAGGCUCAAGUUCACGCGAUUCUUCCAUUUUUGAAGGCGGGAAUUCUCGAGGAAAUCGAUAUUUAUGGGAUCGAUAUGUUCUGGAUGCAGAAUUUCGGAACCUAUAAUAUCAUACAGAUGGAUCAGUACAACAAGGCGAAACUCGUCAGAAUCAUGUUCUCCACUGGAUUCUUUCUCUUCGAUCGAAUCUCCGACGCCGUUUUGUGUGGAUUCAAGUUCUACUGUCUCACUAUGGACACCCUGUUCAGCUUGAGAAAUAUAUUCUCCCGCUCUCCAACUUUCAAACACUGUAACAUCGAGUGCGUCUAUCUUCCACUCAUCGAAGAACUCGCCGUCGAAUUGGGUCUUCGUCUGGAACCGGGGAAUUAUCUUCCAGUAUUCUAUCAAUAUCUCAUCCCAGACUCUACCGACGUUUUGAUCUACGAAUUCUGGAUGGAUCACAUCGAAAUUCGUCGUGUUUCAUACAUGGAAAUGCUCUAA